UGUGUUGUGACUGUCAGGAUGAAAGAUUUGCUGUGUGACAAACGACUAACGUAUACAAAGACCAAAUAUAGCGAAAAUAAGACAAACGUAGUUGUUUAUUGUUCCUGUUAGCACCAUAUCGCCAGCUGGUUGGGGUUAAAGCUGGUCAGAGAUCAGCUACGAUGUCUCUGCCUCCAGAGAAAGCCUCCGAGCUGAAGCAAAUCAUUCACAACCAUCUGCUCAAGAUGGAUAUCCAUGGGAAGAUCCGAGAGGUGCUGGCUGAGACUGUGAGGGAUGAUCAAGGCCCAGCACAUCGAUCUCUGUCGGAGGCAGAUUUUCUCCGUGCUUUGCAGUGCAGGGGUAUCAUAGACGAUGUGAUGAAGGACCUACACUUCACCCAGGGAGCAGCCACAGACGCAGAAACAGGAUCUCCUCCAAAGCCUGCUACUCACUUUGUUGACAAAGAUAUUACUCAUCUGAAGAAAUCCAAUAUUGACCCAUCGAGGCGGUGCCUGUAUCUGCAAGUGCUCGGAGGUAAGGCCUUUCUGGAGCACCUCCAGGAGCCAGAGCCUUUACCUGGUCAGGUGUGCUCCACGUUCACACUCUACUUGCACUUCCGCAACCAGAGGUUUCGCUCAAAGCCAGUGCCCUGUGCCUGUGAACCCAACCUGGAGGAGGGCUUCCUCUUAGAGAUUCACAAAGAUGGCAUAGGAGAGGGCAGUAAAAUGGCAGAUGCAACCACCAUGCUGUCCAUGUGUGACCCGGUUCACUUGGUCCUGAUCAAGACGGACACCUCCAGUGAGACGACGCUGGUGUCAUCCUACUUCCUGGACUGGAGGACAGUCCUCAGCUCGCCUAGUGGAAAGACCUGCUUUGCUGUAGAGCUGAUGGGAGUUGGAAGUGAGUGUAAAGUCCCAGCAGGUGUUUUGACAGUCAGCCUGGAGCUGUACCCUCCUCUCACAGAGACUCUGAGCAGUGACAUCAUCAGCACACAGCAAUCACUGGAGAGGCAGAGGACGGCAGAGAAGGAGAGGCUCUUCUUGGUUUAUGCCAAACAGUGGUGGAGGGAAUUCCUGGAGAUCCGACCGUCACAUCAGUCCAAAAUGGUCAAGAUAUUUGCUCAGGAUGAGAAUGGCAUCAGCAGACCAGUGUGUUCCUAUGUGCGUGUCCUCCGGGCGGGCCGGCUGCUGGAGAGUCCUCGCCAGGCGGCCCGCUUCGUCAGCCUGCUGGCCCACGAGAAGGCCCCGGUGGUGGGAGGAGGAGGAAGCAAGCAGGAGCAGUGGUGCACUUUAAUGGCUUUCCUGUGCAGAGGGAAGGGAGACUGUGAAGACCACGCCACCCUGCUGUGCAGCCUCCUGCUGGGCUUUGGCCUGGAUGCAUAUGUGUGUGUGGGCACCAAAGCCAAGGGAGUGCCACACACCUGGGUCCUGACCCGCGGCACUGAUGGGAGCAUUACAUUCUGGGAGAGCCUGGCUGCACACAGAUACCUCCACAAGGCCAUAGACCCGGAUGCCCCGCCCCUGGCCCCCCAGCCCAAACACUCGUCCCCCUACCGCACUGUGGGCUGCGUCUUCAACCACCAGACCUUCUUGGCCAACUGCCAGCCAUCCGAUGCUGUGGAGAUUUGUGUCUUUGACUUCCAGAAUCAGUCUCGGUGGAAGGCGAUGAGUGAAGAGGCUCUGAAGUCUGUGUGUGCCCCAGGCUCUAUCACCUCUUUGCCCCUUCUGCCUCCGCUCUGUGCCCCAUCUCUGGAUCCUGCUGCGUCCAGCAACCAGCUGGAGCUGGAGAUGCGCUACCUGGUUUCUGAGCACAGGAAGGAUCUGGAUCUGGCAACAGUCUGGGACGACCACUUGUCCUACCUGCUCUCCUCCGCCUUAUCAGCCUAUGAGCUGGAGCGCUGCACCGGGGUGUCCUGUGGCAACGAGGAGUUCCAGGACGCAGUGAGGAGGGCAGUGCCAGACGGACACACCUUCAAGGGCUUCCCCAUACACUUCUUACACCGCAGUGCUCGCAGAGCCUUUGCCACCUGCCUCAGGUGACCUGUGAAGAUUGAUCGCAGCAUUGAUGCCUGGUUCUUCUUCUGCUGAUCAAUGUGUUGUAAUGUUGAACAGUCAGUGAGAAAGGUCAGAGGUGGAGGAUCGCUGUCAAUGAGAACUGACAGAGAUGAAAAACAUCUUCUCUUCUCUUCUGUGUCUCUUUUAAAUUUUUGUUUUAUUUAACUUGUCUCUUUUUCUUUUAAAUUUAUUUUCCAUUUUUCAUAAAAGACAAAGAAUCAAAGUGCCCCGUUGAAACAAACCUAACAUGAAAAAUUAACACAUUAUUACAGCAGUGACUCAAAACAUUUCACUCAACUCAAAAAGGCAGGAAUCUUUAGAAUUACAGACUUUUACUUCAUGUCCACAGACUCUGUCUCCCUUCAUGACUGCACAGUAAAACAUAUUGUGUGAUGCCGAGCUUCAUCCCUGGGUAGUUAUCUUCCAUUACUAUGUAAUGAUAUUCAUGAGCUGGGCCCAGCAUACAGCUGUGUGAGUGUUGUAUGUGUUUCAUGCUAUAGAUCCAGCCAGCGUCUCCUCAGGGGUAUUUGGCUGAGGCCUAAUGACCGAGGCCGAGCUAAUCCCCCGGAGGAACACACACUCCACUCUCCUUUGUAGGGGGAAAAGGCUCUGAUGAGGCCUUUGAAGGAAUGCCACACUGGUGUCUCACUGUAUGUUGCCUUUGGCUCACCUUUAUCCCACACACACACACACACACACACCUACACACACGGCCUGCCCUGCAGACAUACGCAUAUAUAGAAAUGCACACAAAUAUGGGGGUGAAAAUCUCUCUGUCCCUCUCUCUGUAUUUGCAUCUACACACACUCACAGAUAAACACACGCACAAACACAGUGGGGCCCUCACAGUAGGGGCCGCAGUAAUAGGCACCCUGCCAUCUGGAGACCCUGUCCAGGGGGCUGUAAACAAUAGAGUGCACUCAAUAUGGCAGAUCAUCAGUGUACAUGAAUAUGUGUGUGUGUGUGUGUGUGGUUAAUAUAACAGGGGACAUCAUCGGAUAUUCCCCACCUAAACCAAUGUUUCUUCACCCCCUGCAUCCACCCUGAGGCUGUUAGGUGCUGCUGCUCUUAAUGGGACGAUAGGCACAUACAUUCUGAAUAAUGUAAAAACUCAUUUAUUCAAUACUGAAAAGCUGGAAAAUGUGUGUGUGUGUGUGUGUGUGUGUGUGUGUGUGUGUGUGUGCGUGUGUGUGCGUGUGUGUGUGACCAUGUGCUUGUCUUUCUGUGUGCAUGUACAAUAUGUGCUGAUGACGAAGUUUUUCACCUUUUCGACUUUUUAAAUUUAGACUGGAGCAUCUUUUAAUUCCUGCCUUCGUUUAUUUUUACUGUCUUUGUUUCUUAUUGUUGUUAAUAUGGAUUCACAUCAGAGUGCUGCAUUUGCUACCAUGGUAGCCACUAAUUAUAACAAAGGAAGCCUAUUGCAGUAGAGCAAUAUAGAAGAGACUUAAUCAGUUCUACAUGGAAAAACAACAGCAUCUCUGCUACUGUUUAAUUGUACUGUAACAUAUCAUAACUGUAAUAAUUUCUGUGAUUGAAAUGUCAUAUUUUCAUAUUUUCCAGAAUACAUAAACACAGUAUUUCACAUGCUUAUUUUCUUAUUAAACCUUAUGUUCAAUUUUCCAAAUUAUACAUUCAACUGUACAAUCCCAUGGUCACGCCUGUUCUCUGCCAGGCCUCGACAUUGUCCCACAUAUUCAAAAACAGCAGCGUCUCUUUGUAACAUCAGAAUCAAAGCAGGAUCUUUCAGUGAUUUUUCUUUAAGGCGCUGAAUACUAAUAACCAUUUAUACUUUGUCCCUGUUCCAUAUAUGAAAAAUAAUUGUCAUAACCAAAUCCCCCCUUCCCUCGAGCCUUUUAUGAAAAUCAGAUCUGGAGAGCGCCUAAUUAGGCGUGAUUCACGGUAAAGGAAGAGGAAAGAGAGGAAUGUGAAUAAAUUGAGAGCAGGAGGAGGAGAGAAAGGAGCGACAGACUGGUGAUUAAUGUGAAGGCUGUGAUGCACGUCAAUGGGGAGACAAAUGAAAGGAUGGGGAGAGGCUUUCUUUGAAAAGGGAGAGAGGACACAAUAUAGCCAAAUUUGAGCCCAUGAAAUACAGCUAAACCCAUAUGCACCGUUAUCACUAAGAUUAAGAAACUGUAAUAUUUGCUACUGUGCAUUUCUUUUUCAUUUGAUAUGAGCCGUAUUAUCUUAAGUAUUUGAGUAGAUUAUUUGGGGAAUCUUCUUCAUCUUUUUGGCUUGUGACCUAUUGUCACUGCUUGAAUAUGUCAAUGCAUUAUAGUCUGGUCAACCAAAGUGCAUUUCUUUUUAUGUUUCAUUUUUAGAAGCCUGGAAAUGUGACAUUUCCCAGUAAUUGUGAGGUAUAAAAGCAACAACUAGUGGAGCAUUAAAUAAUUCAGAUUUUGAUAAACAUAAAUCUUUUUUCUUCUUUUAUUAUCUUGUUAACUGUUUCAUGAAAACCCACGUUUAUCUAAGGUUGGGAGCCACUUUUCUAAACCACAGGAUGAAGAUUUGCAAAAUCACAUCCUGUGUGUGAGGGCACAGAUUCUGGGACUGGCUUUUUCUUGCCCCGUCUGAACCCCGUUGAAUCCGAGUCAUCCAGUAACCAAGCUGCCGUAUCAACUGAGGGGAACGACUGGCUGACUGGCUAUAGCUUGCUGGCUAUAGCUUGCUGGCUGGCUGCAGCUCCUUCAGUAAUCAGCAGCCCUGCUCUGGUCUGGCUGCAGCACUAAUUGAUGGAAGAUAUGCAGGAGUCCUUUCCCCCCACCCGCUAAUGGGAGUCUCUCUCUGUCUGUGUCUGAUUCGCCUCAUUAUAAAGCACCGAGUGUGGGAAGGUCAAGGAAAAUGUUCACAUUUCACACAGGUACCUGAACUCGUGAAUAGCCUUAAAAUGGAAAUCAGAAGCUUCUAAUGUAAUGUUUUUAAACCAUUUUAGGGCAGAAAUGUUCUGGUGAAAUUGACAGUUACACAGAUCAUCAUCUUAUUUCUGUUUGCAUGUAUUUUCAGUGUUAUUUUUGGAGCCCAGUGAAAAUGAGGCAAGAACAUAAAGAAGGAGUGAGAGAGAUGAAAAAGAUAUUUGUCAAGAUUUGUCUAAGCAUUUAGUGUAGGAAAUAAAUACACGUUGUAAUAAAAUAUGCCUUCAUAUGAUAAGUCAUAUCUGUUGAUGAUUGUAGAAACUGGUGAUUAAUAAUUCUUAUAUCUGCUUACAACUACAUUAUAUUGUAUUAUAAACCAUUUGUUAAAUGGUUAUUGUGCUAAUAAAUGCUAGUGACAAUGAACUGAGUGUAUUUUUCAGCUGAGUGUUGUGUUUAUUAAAUUAAAU